AUGUCAACAUCAUCGGUCCCUCGACUUCCGGGCGCUUACGAUGCGAUGCCUGAUACAGAGACAGACUCUGUGGCCCCUGCACAGCUCUCCUAUCUCGCCAUCUACAACCCAACUCUAGGCCCCACGGAUGAGACGCUAGAGGACCAGAUCGUAUUCUACACCUCGAGAUCGGGCGAUCUACGACAAGACGACGCGACUGUCGAGCAGGAUGGCAGUCCAUCCUCUGGAGAUGACAAGAACGAGAGGCUGCGCCAGAUAGGCCUGGCGCAGGGCAUGGUGAGCUUUGCCAGUACCUUUUCCUCUGGUAAACCACUUGAAUACAUCGAAACCGACAAGGCGCGGAUUGUCGUGCUCGAGCUAGAGAAAGACUGGUGGAUAGUUGCCUCGAUCGACCUCACCCGCUUACCGGCCGAUCCAGCCCAGACUUCUUCGACGGAUAAAUCAAGCUCCCCUGCAUAUCAAUACUCCGCAAGAGAAAUGGGACCUCCGCAGCUACUCAUUCAACAACUGCGCCGCGCACACUCUAUAUUCCUACUACUCCACGAUUUCUCAAUGGCCGAGCUCUACAAUCGCGUUGGAAGGUCUUCCUUCUGUCUUUUCUUGGAGCGGUUCUGGGGGAAUUUUACCUGGAACUGGGAACUACUUCUGUCUGGGAACCCAAUCGCGGAUAUGUACAACGGCAUCAAACUCGCAGCAGGAGGAGAACUGGGCAUUGGUGUCGGAGAGGAGGAAUGGGGUAGCGGUGAGAGAGAAGUCCUCGAAGACUUCAUCGCUCGUACAGACGGCCUGCUGGACUUGGUUGUCUCGAGAUUCGGUGAUCUGCCCAGGCAGGCUGAGGGGUCACCACCAGCGCCCACGGGCGACAGCGAGGACGCAUGGCUAGGUUCAGACACCGAUCCUCGGCCAGCCGAUGGUGUAGUCUUUUCCGGCGCUGGCGCUGUAGAUCGAUGCUCUCUGGCUCGGAUCUCCCACUGGAUGGAAUGGAUAUACCGAUAUGGCGACGCGGCGUAUGGAAUCGGACGGGAUCCGACAUCGCUACGCCGACGAAAGCCUCGGAGAAAGCGCGCACAAGCUUCCAACCCGCCUGCCACGCCAGAAAGAACGCAUACCCCAGGAAUACCUCGACCUCUUGUCAUGGCAAUGUCACAGCCACCUCCAGACACACAGAAAGAAAAUAGUCCUGAAAGAAGAACCUCAAGCUCGCCGUCUAGCAGUGAUCCAGUAGCCGACAAGUUGGCAUUUGGAACGGACACGGUUAUGAAGUAUCUUACUCUAGGAUAUGGCUCUGCAUGGAGCUUCUCUAGCAAGUCAGCACCGGCAUCAUCGCCAUCUUCACCACCUCCCGAGAGCUCUCUGGGACGGCCGGGGCAACCCAUCACCGGGAAUGCGAAAAAGAACGAAGAGUCGAACGCUGUGCGCUCUCUGCCGGCUCCGAAAUCUCAAUCUGACGAAUCUCGAAGUGAGACGAAAACCAAAAUCCCCGGUCGUUUUGUACUAGGACCACGCGAUGAUCUAGACGCUUUGGAUGAUGUAGAAGGAAGUCCAGAGCCGGAAGUAGAUGCUGGACGGCCUAAGAGUCGGAUAGUUCAUCGAUCCAUCUAUGUCCGCUUAGCGGACACUUCGGGUGAGGGUUUGAAAAAGCUUCAGGCAGUAAUCUAUGUGCACCAACCCUUCAUGUUCACCUUUCUCUUCGACCCAAAGACCCCAGCUCUAUCAUCUCCAGCACUGUAUUCCAGCAUUCACCACCAACUGGGCCCCCUUCAAAGGCCUCUUCUAUCAUCAACAUCCCCUACAACAGCCGCCUCUCGCAAAUCCAUGUCCGAAACAGCCGGCGAUCCAAACAAACGCUUCUCUACGCGCAGUCAACCCGUCUACGACUUAGUCUACGACCCAUCAAACCUGACCAUCCGCUCCUCAAUCCCCAACAUCCCAGGCCUCGGAAAUCCCACUCGCGAAACUGAAACCUCUCAGUCUCCCCGAACACCAUCACCCUCCCCAUCUCGACCUCCAAGCACACCAUCAUUGUCACGCGUCGAGAGCAUAGCAAUCCACCAGCGCCUCCUAUCUACAUACAUCGACACCCGCCCCCGACCCCAAGAACUAGAGCGCACAUGCAAAACCAGCCGCGGAUGGUGGAUCGUCUGGGUCCGCAUUCCACCUCCAAACACACCAAUCCACCGGUCCCACGCCCUCUCAUCUGCAUCUUCAUCUGUGGCGCUCUCCACCAUGACAGAGUACGAUCAAAUGCCCAGAUCUGUCUCGCCGACUUCCGAGCCUAUUUCAGAGCCACAGGAAGCGUUUAUCGUCCGAAGGGCAAGUGACUACGUUUCCUCAUCGGGCCAUGCCCGCAUGAGCAGUGGUGCGCGGUUUUUCCGUGAUCUUGGCGGUGCUUCUUCGUCGAAAUUGGCGGCUUCGAGGGCUGAUACUACUCCCUCGAAGUUGGUGGAAGGUUUGGGAAUGGAUGCGAGGCGGUAUAUUGAGGGGCUUUUGAGUCUGAAUAGGUGA